CCUCGUUGAUUGGUGUAGAACAGCCGUGGAGAAGAAGUGAAUUGGUUGUCCAGUGUGCAUUGAGCACAAGAAGUACAGCCGCAAUGCUCUACUCUUUAACCUCGGACUUGUGUGUGACUCACGGACCGAGACCUGUGCCCUUGAGCCAAUUGUCAAGAAGCUCUCUGGGUACCUCACAACACUGGAGGUUAGUGUCUCCUUGGUAGCAUAUAUAUAGAAGAAAGUAUUGAUGUUUCUAUUUAUUUUGCAGCUGGAGAGUGGGCUCAUAUCGAAUGAGGAGAGCAAACAGAAACUGCUACCCAUUAUGUCCACGUUGUUAGAGGAGCUCAAUGCUACCGGAGCCUGCACCUUACCCAUCGAGGAGUCCAAUUACAAUCAACCUAAAGCAGGGACCCUCUGAUCGUGCAGGAGUACGACGUGCCUGUCUUCACUCAGUGCAAGGACCACUUCAUCAAAUCCCAGUGGGAUCUCACCACUCAACAGGACCUUACAAGCUCUGUUUGAAGGGCGAAUUGGCUCUGGAAGGCAAAACAGCCAAAUUCUCCAUCAAAACGUGAAUCGAUUCUCAAUUGAGGGCUGCAAAAUGGAAAUAUGGCCGUGUGGGAACCCUUUCCUUACAAAGUCGUCGCCUUCGUCCAAGAACUUUUAUGUGUAAAGGAACUGAGAGUCAUGGUCUAACCUGAGAGCAUACCUACAGUAACGAGUGUGGCUGACCUCACAUCAAGGGUUUCAGAGAAACAACGAUCCUGGCCUACGCUGAUGGGUUCAGGCAUAUCCAGAAGUUAUCUGCAGAAGCGGAUGUUGAACUUAAUCUGGUCCGGAUCGCCGUACAGAAUUUACUGUAUUAUGGUGUUGCAACCUUGGUGUCAAUAUUUAAGUACUCUAACGUGUACUGCACAACCCCUAAAGUCGAGAGCCUGAUAGAUGACAGGUCCAUUCAGGCGGAGUGUCUCAGCUAUGUCACCAAGCAAGGAAUGAGCUACAAAGGGCUGGACGAGCGUUUGGAGAAUGACCCAAACAUCGUGUGCUGGAAGUGAUACCCUGGCUUAAUCAGCAACCACGCAGAUAGAGCAAGCCCCCUCUCAAACAAAGACAGACAGAGGUCCCAUUGUACGAAAACAUGAGCCUCUUGCUUGUCUCCCAUCUGAUGCACACGAAAGGCUGCUGUCCAGGAGAGACAAAGUGAAGUAACCGUGGCCAAAGAUGCCAUAAAGUGACUUCUUCCUAUCACUGGAAAUCUUCUGGAAAAUAUCUGUGUAUUCAAAGGCUAAGACAUGUAGGUAUUUUUAUACUACCAGUAUGUCACCAAGCUCACUUAUCUUCAGGUUUUUUCAUCCAGACUCUUGAAGCAAUCAUUGUUGUGGGAUAGUUUCAUUCAGAACAAUGAAUGGAAGAAGUCAUAAAGACCACAAAACAAGGAACAGUAUACUUAUUUAUUAAUUGUGCAAAAACUCUACUUUAUAUACACACUCCUUGCAAUAAUAAAGAUGCAAUUGUCGUCGUCACCCACUGUCUGACUGUUGAUCUUGCACACCUCACCUAGUCUAAAGAUGAUUAUUGCCCACCUUCGCCUCUUCCUCUCUGCGUAGGCUUACCUCGGGGAUUUUGUACCGCUCUGUCUCUUGUAGUCAUGCUGUCUGUAAUGCGCAUGCGUAUGUAUCCAGUAACCAUGCCAACCUUUUGGUAUCAGCACGUAAAGUGAGUUCGCGCGUCAAGCUGCCUCAGUCUCCACACUUUCUCUCAACUCAGACUUUUUUUGGUACAAACAUUUAUUGUCGAGAAUAUGGAAACCUCUGUUCUUUUUCCCGGAGAGGCAGAAGGAUAUGUCCAAAAUCUGGAAACAUUCUCACUCAAGGACAUUGGCUCUCCAAGGUGGUUCAGACAACAUGAGUACAUAGAGAAACUCAACAUGCAGGCGAUAUUGAACGCUUCAUCCACAGCCACUCAGGACGAGUUCGUCAAGGAGCUCCUUGUGUCACUGGGAAAGAUUCCCACCCUGGUCCAUGAGAUGAUUCUGGUGGAGCUUUGGAAACAGAAGGUGUUUCCUAUUUUCUGUCAACUCCAAGACUUCAAUCCGAAGAGCACCUUUCCUCUGUACAUGGUGAUUCACCAUGAGGCUACAAUCAUCAACCUACUUGAGACAAUUAUGUUUCACAAGGACUCCUGUGAGGCAGCAGACGACUCAGUCCUGGACCUGGUGGACUACUGCCACCGCAAACUAGCCCUUCUGGCCAGCAGAGCAUCCAGGGAUGACACCCCAACAAAAGACCGACUCAGUCACACAGAGAGUGGAGACUCAUCCUCUAUACAGGAUUUGCAGGGUCAGAAUGCGGCAUUAGAGUUUGAAAUUUCCCUCAAGGCUCUGUCUGUCCUGCGCUACAUCACUGACCAUACUGACAGUAUCAGUGUGAUCAAUAGGAUGCUGUGCACCCAUAACCUGCCCUGUGUGCUGGUACAGCUGGUACAGCACAGCCCCUGGAGUCGCUAUUCUGCAGGUGUAAUGGAGAAGUACAUGAAUGGAAAAUGGCAGAAAGUUCCAUCUGAAGACCGUCUAAAGAUGACUAAAUUGGACGGCCAAGUCUGGAUUGCUCUGUACAACCUGGUGCUGAAGGAAGACUGCCAAAGGAAAUAUGACUUCAAUAACUUCAACAAGAACCAGCUCUUAAAGUUACGAGGUUUCCUGACGGAGGUGUUAGUUGACCAGCUGCCCAACCUGGUAGAGCUCCAGCGAUUCCUCAGUCACCUCACUGUCACAGACCCUGCCCCUCCAAAGAAAGACCUCAUCUUGGAACAGAUUCCAGAGAUGUGGAACAACAUUAUGCGGGACAAUACAGGGAAGUGGAAGGCCAUUGCCAAGUACCAAGUGAAGGAAACAUUCAACCCCUCAGAGGAGGACCUGAGACAGCAAGCACUCAGACUGGCCCAGACCUAUAACCUGGAUGUGAUGGAGAGUUUGAUCCCUGAGAAGCCCAAGUGUGGAGCCUGUGGGGCCGAGGCUUCAAAGAGAUGCUCCCGCUGCCAGGGAGAAUGGUACUGCCAGAGGGAAUGCCAGGUGAAGCAUUGGUCCAAACACAAGGUUGCCUGCCAGCUGAUGGCCGACGGCACAGAGAAGCUCCAGAAGGACCUGGCCGUAACGCCUACAGAGAGAGAGGCAGACAUAACUGACAUAUUGGACUGAGUGAUGGGAGAGAGAAGGGGCUAAGUCAAUGGACAGUUCUCUACCUAAAUGCCAUUUGGGAUGGGAUUCGAAUGCAGUUGGUUUUGGACUGUUUAAUGUAAACAUUUUGAGGUUUGUCUCAAUUCAAUUCCAACUUCUAGAUUUUAUGAAUUACAAUAAUAAUCUAACUCGUGAUUAGAAGAGUUAAUUUAAGUAAUGAACUGCUAAGCCUUUGCUAUCCCUUUGAUCUCAGACCUGAUACUGAGUGGAACUCACAGGUUGAAUUUGGGAGGGGGCAGAACUCAAGACCUUUAAUAAUCAGCUCUCCUCUGUUGUAGCUUUUUUGGGCUUUUUUUUAAUGCUUUCUAUGCUUCUGUUAUAUAUAUUGAGAGAAACAAUGUGUAAGUACAAGAAUAGCCUAUGUUUUCGGCUACAGGUGUUUUGACUCAUCAUCUUGGUCAGUGAUCCUGGGAUCAGAAUCUGCCUGUUGUUCGGGUAACAGCAAGUUAUCAAUUUCACGGGGUUGUAUUUCAAAGUAACUUUAUCCACUUGAUUGUUAAGACUUUGCACACCACUUUUAAAAAGGUUUGCCUGCCAUGUCUUUAAUAACUCACACCCCGUUGUUCACGAAUUACACAAACCGUUAAUUGCAUAAGCCGUCAAUGGAUGAUUACGCAAAUUAUUAUCCCGUUUUUAUUUGAAUGUCACUGGGGUGGGGAUUUCACACACCCCUCACUCCUGCUCUACUGUCCAAGACUCAGAAGCACCCCCUAUGUGAAAGAAUUCCGCAUGUCAAGAACAGUAGGCUGCUCUUCACUUCCUUUUCUUUCUGUUAUUAAAUUGUUACUGCUGCAUCA